GUGUCCCAUCACUAGCAAGCCAGCCGCUUUUCGCCGAUGGCGUCGGUUCUACAUUUUUGUGAUGUGUAAAUGUAAAAUAAUUAGUUUCAAGCCAGUUUUAUUAGUUAUUAUUGUUAGUUAGUGACAUACAAUUAUUAUGUUAAUUGAAUUAGCCGUGAUAGAACAACUAUAGCAGUGAAAAUGGCAGCGAAAACCACCGACUGGCGACCGGGCCCUACGGUCUGCCGUUGUUGUUUGUCUGAAGGCUGUUACAAAGACAUUUCUACUGAAUAUUUUUGGAUGGGCAAGCGGGAGGUGUACUCAGAGAUGCUCUCGGAGACCUUCAGCUUAUCCAUCGCCUACUCCACAUCCGGUGGCCCGAACAGCAACAGUCGUCUCAUCUGCGAGCCGUGCAUAUCCCGGUUGCGAGAUGCGUCGGACUUCAAGCGUCAGGUGCAAGAGUGCGAGAAGACGUUCAUGCAGUACCUCGACCCUGGGACUGAACGGCUAUCGGACUUUGAGACUGCAGAAUCCCGCAUUGAAGUGACCCUGGAAUCCCUGGAAACGGAGGUGAAGGUGGAACAAGUGAAGACGGAGAAAGAUGAGAGCGACGGCGAUGACUUUGGAGACAGGACCGAUUUCCCAGACCUAGAUGACGAUGAUGAUGAUCUCGACGACCAGCCCCUAACUCGGCUAGCCACCAGGGUACCGAAAAAAGAAUCCGUAGACACUGAAGCGGACAGCAAGCCGGAGAAACGCAAAGCCACCACCAAGGCCAAAACAAGCCCUGCCAAAAAGGCCAAAACCAAGAAGGAAGUGGUCAAAGCCACCACCAGCAAGGCGGCCAAGCCGACUGAGAAGAAGAAGAAAGAAAAUGAUCCGACGAUGUCCAACGCCAAGCAAAACGCCAGGAUCAUAGUCCGAUAUACGACAGCGUACCCUUUCAAGCUGCCAGAGCGAUGUAUGGUGUGCGUGUAUUGUUGCGACAGCUUUGAUGACGCCCCGCUGUUUAGGAAACACAUGUCCGAAUAUCAUCCUGCAGUGAAAUUACGUAUCGCAUUUGCGCAUAUCCCCGAUGGAUACAUCAAAGUCGACUGCACAGAUCUCAAAUGUAGAAAAUGCUCAGUUACUCUGGAUAAUUUAAAAUUCGCCGCUGACCAUUUAAAAAAAGAACACAACCGCAGUAUAGAUUUAACUUGCGAUUUAGGAGUGCAGCCGUUUAUAUUGCCUAAUGAUAAAUGGACGUGUGCUAUGUGUGAAAGCAAAUUCAUAUCUCUGCGUGCUCUGAGCCGACACACGCAGUCGCAUUUUCCUAAGCACACCUGCGAGUCGUGUGGAAAAUCUUACUUCUCAGUGUCAUCUCUUCGGUUUCACAAACAGGUGUCUCACAUAGGGGAACAGCGGAUAUGUGUUAAAUGUAAAAAAACUUUUGAAUCACUAGAAGCGAAAAGGAAACACGUUCAGGAAACUCCUCGAUGCUGGGCUUUCGCUUGUAAAUUUUGCAAUGAGAGAUUCUGGUCAUCGACGUUGAGAAAUGUUCACAAAACUCGAGUUCAUGGCAUGCAGUCGAAAGAGUACACCUGUCCCGAGUGUCCCGAAGUUUUCCCGGACCGACAAAAAUAUAGAAUGCAUUUUAUUGUAACUCACACAAAUGACUAUUUUGAGUGCUCAUGUGGUAAGAAGUACGAUACAAAAUCGAAAUUAAAGCAACAUAUGGUUGUGCAUACAAAAGAUAAGUUAUUCCCCUGUACAGUAUGUUCAAAGGCCUUCUGUAGAAAAAAGAAUUUAGUGCAGCACAUGUGGAUACACAGUGAACAUAAGAGAUUCGAGUGUAUCGAUUGUAAUAAGCAAUUUAAUCAGAAAGUCACGUGGAAAUCUCAUAUGAAAUCUCAUCACCCAGGCGUUGCUAUUAGUUAGCGAGGAUUGAGAUCUUAAUAUGUAUAUUUACACAACAACCUGGUUGGCGUACUAUUCAACGAUGAUAAAAUUAUUACAACUAUCAAUAAUAAUGUAAUUCGAAAACACAAUAUAUUAAAACGCAGUAAGAAAUUCUAUUCAAGUUAACAAAAGCUAACCCUGAUAUCGCUAUAAUUAGGAAUUUUUCGUAUUAUGCAUAAUUUGUGUAAUGAUUUUGAAUUUAUCAACUAAGGAAGAGCUACACCUGACCAAAUGCUUUCCUUUUUGUUCUAGAAAAUGAUCCGACGAUGUCCAACGCCAAGCAAAACGCCAGGAUCAUUGUCGAAUAUACGACAGCGUACCCAUUCAAGCUACCAGAGCGAUGUAUGGUGUGCGUCUAUUGUUGCGAGAGCUUUGAUGACGCCCCGCUGUUUAGGAAACACAUGUCCGAAUAUCAUCCUGCAGUGAAAUUACAUAUCGCAUUUGCGCAUAUCCCCGAUAGAUACAUCAAAGUCGACUGCACAGAUCUCAAAUGUAGAAAAUGCUCAGUUACUCUCGAUAAUUUAAAAGUCGCCGCUGACCAUUUAAUAAAAGAACACCACCACAGUAUAGAUUUAACUUGCGAUUUAGGAGUGCAGCCGUUUAUAUUGCCUAAUGAUAAAUGGGCGUGUGCUAUGUGUGAAAGAAAAUUCAUAUCUCUGCGUGCUUUGAGCCGACACACCCAGUCGCAUUUUCCUAAGUACCUAAGUACCUGCGAGUCGUGUGGAAAAUCUUACUUCUCAGUGUCAGCUCUUCGGUUUCACAAACAGGUGUCUCACAUAGGGGAACAGCGGAUAUGUGUUAAAUGUAAAAAAACUUUUGAAUCACUAGAAGCGAAAAAGAAACAUGUUCAGGAAACGCCACAAUGCUGGGAGUUCGUUUGUACAUUUUGCAAUGAGAGAUUCGUGUCAUCGACGUUGAGAAAUGUUCACAAAACUCGAGUUCAUGGCAUGCAGUACACCUGUCCCGAGUGUCCCGAAGUUUUCCCGGACCGACAAAAAUAUAGAAAGCAUUAUAUGGUAACUCACACAAACGACUAUUUUGAGUGCUCAUGUGGUAAGAAGUACGAAACAAAAUCGAAAUUAAAGCAACAUAUGGUUGUGCAUACAAAAAAUAAGUUAUUCCCCUGUACAGUAUGUUCAAAGGCCUUCUGUAGAAAAAAGACUUUAGUGCAGCACAUGUGGAUACACAGUGAACAUAAGAGAUUCGAGUGUGUCGAUUGUAAUAAGCAAUUUAAUCAGAAAGUCACGUGGAAAUCUCAUAUGAAAUCUCAUUACCCAGGCGUUGCUAUUAGUUAGCGAGGAUUGAGAUCUUAAUAUGUAUAUUUACACAACAACCUGGUUGGCGUACUAUUCAACGAUGAUAAAAUUAUUACAACUAUCAAAAUGUAAUUCGAAAACACAAUCUAUUAAAACGCAGUAAGAAAUUCUAUUCAAGUUAACAAAAGCUAACCCUGAUAUCGCUAUAAUUAGGAAUUUUUCGUAUUAUGCAUAAUUUGUGUAAUGAUUUCUAAUUUAUCAACUAAGGAAGAGCUACACCUGACCAAAUGCUUUCCUUUUUG